GGGAUUAGGAGGGAAGUCUCUGCGAAAGAGGUUUGACCCUCUCUAUCUCUCUGUCUCCUUCUCCUUCGCUCUAAAAAUCAAUCAAUCAAUCAAUCAAUGGUGGUUGGCUUCUUCGUCAUCUUCUUAUUCCCACGCUAAAUUCCAUUUUUCAUCCACUUUCCAUUCUCUUUCUCUUUUUGUUUCCGUAUAUAUAUGUGUGUGUGUGUGUUUACGUAUCUUCGUUUCUCCUUGUAAUUUACCAUCUCUAGACAAACUAGCGCUGGAUCUUUCUUCUUUCACGGAAACUAUUCGAAUUUUGGAAAGCUUCUAUUAGUAUUCCUUGUUGGGGGUAGUUCGUCUAAUUGGUGGGUCUAUUGGUAUCUGAGGAUUUUGAAGCUGGAUCUUCGGAUUUGUUAGCUAAUAUCAACCGCGUGAUCCUCUGUUUUUUUUUUUCUGGUUAGAAAAUCGGAUUUGGAUUUGAUUUUUCAUCGGUUCUGUUUAAAGCGGUGAUACGCACUUCGCCAAAGGGUACUAGUAGGUUGGAGAUCGUGUCUGAUUGAUGGGAAAUUGCUGUGCGACACCGUCGACGGGCACCCACGAGAGAAAGAAAGGAAAGAAGAAACAGAACCCGUUCUCGAUCGAUUACGGCCAAAAUCAACAUGGAAAUGGUGGCCACAAGCUCAUUGUUUUGAAGAACCCAACCGGCCGCGAGAUCGGGCUCAAGUACGAGCUAGGUCGUGAGCUCGGGCGUGGGGAGUUCGGGGUAACAUACCUCUGCACGGACAAGGAAACCGGCGAUACUUUCGCCUGCAAAUCAAUAUCGAAGAAGAAGUUGAGAACCGCCGUGGACAUAGAGGAUGUAAGGAGAGAAGUGGAGAUCAUGAGGCAUUUGCCUAAGCACCCAAACAUCGUGAGCUUGAAAGACACUUACGAGGACGAUAAUGCGGUUCAUUUGGUUAUGGAAUUGUGCGAGGGCGGUGAAUUGUUCGAUAGGAUCGUCGCUAGAGGGCAUUAUACGGAGAGAGCAGCUGCUGUGGUCACAAAGACCAUCGUGGAGGUUGUUCAGAUGUGCCACAAGCACGGGGUGAUGCACCGCGACUUGAAGCCUGAAAACUUUUUGUUUGGCAACAAGAAGGAGACUGCUCCUUUAAAGGCUAUUGACUUCGGGUUGUCAGUUUUCUUUAAACCUGGUGAAAGAUUUACUGAGAUUGUUGGAAGUCCAUACUACAUGGCCCCUGAGGUGCUAAAACGAAACUACGGCCCUGAAGUUGAUGUUUGGAGUGCUGGUGUAAUCCUUUACAUCUUACUUUGUGGUGUCCCACCUUUCUGGGCAGAAACUGAGCAAGGAGUUGCACAAGCAAUUAUUCGGUCAGUCAUAGAUUUUAAGAGGGACCCUUGGCCUAAAGUUUCUGAUAAUGCUAAAGAUCUUGUGAGGAAGAUGCUUGAUCCAGAUCCUAAGCAGCGGCUUACAGCUCAGCAAGUGCUCGAUCAUCCAUGGCUGCAAAAUGCAAAGAAAGCUCCAAAUGUUUCCUUGGGCGAAACUGUGAGAGCUAGGCUUAAGCAAUUCUCUGUAAUGAACAAACUCAAGAAAAGAGCUCUAAGGGUAAUAGCUGAGCAUCUAUCUGUAGAAGAAGUUGCAGGCAUAAAGGAGGGGUUCCAAUUGAUGGAUAUUAACAAUAAGGGCAAGAUUAGUAUUGAUGAGCUAAGAGUUGGGUUGCAAAAGCUUGGACAUCAAAUUCCCGAUGAUGAUCUUCAAAUCCUAAUGGAAGCUGGUGAUGUGGACAAGGAUGGAUGUCUGGAUUACGGGGAGUUUGUAGCCAUCUCAGUUCAUCUUAGGAAGAUGGGCAAUGACGAUCAUCUUCGCAAGGCCUUUGAAUUUUUUGAUCGCAAUCAAAAUGGAUAUAUAGAAAUUGAGGAACUGAGAGAUACCUUGGCUGAUGAAGUUGAUACAAACAAUGAAGAAGUCAUUAAUGCCAUUAUUCAUGAUGUAGACACAGACAAGGAUGGAAGAAUAAGUUACGAUGAAUUUGCAGCAAUGAUGAAGGCCGGUACAGAUUGGAGGAAAGCUUCAAGGCAAUAUUCGCGAGAACGGUUCAAUAAUCUUAGUCUGAAAUUGAUGAAAGAUGGAUCGUUGCAAUUGCAAAACGAGAUUAGAUCAUGACCCGACAGAGGACAAAAGUUUAUCUGUGAAGGAAGUAAAUUACCCAGAAAACAUGAAAAGAUGUGUUGAUUUUGAUAAUUCAUUUUUUAAACAUCUGUUAAUUUCUUUUAAAUCUUUCUCAAGACCCACUUGUGGGUUUUACUUAGGAUUUAAGCCAAGGAUGUUUGAUGUAUUUCUGAACUGCAGUAUGCUUCUUUACUUUGUUGUGAGAAAAAAUUGAGGGAGUUUGGAGGCUGUAUGCAUGUGGCUGUAAAUAUUAUUCUCAAAUUGGCAUAAACUUGUAUCGAAGUCAUCAUCUUCCUUUUUCA